AAUGGAUCUCAAAUCUUCUAAAGGGUUUAUGAAGGGCUUUGCCUUUAACACCCAACCCCUCAAAACCCCUUCUCCGACCCUCUCCUUCAAUGGCGCUUCCAAACUAGGCCCAACAAAAUCCUUCAUUUCUCAAAUUCGCCCGUCGAUUUCCCCAAUUUCUCCACGUACAAUGUUGAAGCUCCUUUCCUCCUGUUCAGCGCGCCAAAUCCAUAACCACCUAGCCUCUCCGUGCCUCCGAGUGACGACCCAGUCGUCCACAAAUUCGUUGCUCAAAGCGCUCGGUUCCAUCACUGGAUUGACUCGUAGGACAUCCGGAAACCGUACCUAUUAUCAAAGGGCCUUUUUUUGCUCGGGUUCUUCCAGCGAUGGGACUGCCGAGGUGGUAGAGGUGGAGUUGAAGAGUGGAGAAUCGGGGGCUGACAGUACUGACGCUAGCAAUGCAAUCGUACCCACGAGUCCUAGGCCGGAGGAUUAUCUCACGGUGUUAGCGUUACCCUUGCCACAUAGACCUCUGUUUCCUGGUUUCUACAUGCCAAUUUAUGUCAAGGAUCCUAAAUUAUUGGCAGCUUUACAAGAAAGCAGAAAAAGGCAAGCCCCAUAUGCUGGUGCUUUUCUUCUUAAAGAUGAGCCCGGGACUGAUCCCAGCAUGGUAACUGGUUCUGAAUCAGAGAAAAACACGUAUGACCUUAAGGGAAAAGAUUUGUUUAAUCGUCUCCAUGAAGUUGGCACACUUGCCCAGAUUACAAGCAUCCAGGGAGACCAGGUCAUCCUUAUAGGUCACAGGCGACUUAAAAUAACAGAGAUGGUUAGUGAGGAUCCGCUUACUGUCAAAGUUGAUCAUCUCAAGGAAAAACCAUAUAACAAGGAUGAUGAUGUCAUAAAGGCAACAUCAUUUGAGGUUAUUUCAACCCUGAGAGAUGUUCUGAAGAUAAGUUCCCUUUGGAGAGAUCAUGUUCAAACGUAUACUCAGCAUAUAGGUGACUUCAAUUUUCCAAGGUUAGCUGAUUUUGGGGCUGCAAUAUCUGGUGCAAACAAAUUGCAGUGCCAGGAAGUGCUUGAGGAGCUGGAUGUGUACAAACGUUUGAAACUCACACUGGAGUUGGUGAAGAAAGAAGUAGAAAUCAGCAAGAUUCAGGAAUCAAUUGCAAAAGCAAUUGAAGAAAAGAUAAGUGGUGAACAGCGUCGCUAUUUGUUGAAUGAACAGCUUAAGGCCAUAAAGAAGGAACUGGGAUUGGAAACAGAUGACAAAACUGCACUCUCUGCAAAGUUUAGGGAAAGGCUCGAACCAAAUAAGGAAAAAAUUCCAGCUAAUGUUUUGCAAGUAAUAGAAGAAGAGCUUACAAAACUGCAGCUUUUAGAGGCCAGUUCAAGUGAAUUUAAUGUUACUCGUAAUUAUCUGGAUUGGUUAACUGUGUUGCCUUGGGGUAAUUAUAGUGAUGAGAAUUUUGAUGUCCUUCGGGCUCAAAAAAUUCUUGAUGAAGACCAUUAUGGAUUAAUUGAUGUUAAGGAAAGGAUAUUGGAGUUCAUUGCUGUUGGAAAACUCAGAGGAAUCUCUCAAGGAAAAAUCAUCUGUCUAUCUGGUCCACCAGGAGUGGGCAAAACUAGCAUUGGCCGUUCGAUUGCACGUGCUUUGAAUCGGAAGUUCUUUCGAUUCUCUGUAGGAGGGUUAUCUGAUGUUGCUGAAAUCAAGGGGCAUCGUCGAACCUAUAUUGGCGCAAUGCCAGGAAAGAUGGUGCAAUGUCUGAAAAAUGUAGGAACUGCUAACCCUCUUGUUCUGAUUGACGAGAUUGACAAGUUGGGAAGAGGACAUACUGGUGAUCCAGCAAGUGCUUUAUUGGAGCUUCUUGAUCCAGAGCAAAAUGCUAAUUUUCUGGACCACUACCUUGAUGUUCCAAUUGACCUAUCAAAGGUUCUAUUUGUAUGCACAGCAAAUGUUGUGGACAUGAUACCUAAUCCUCUGUUGGACAGAAUGGAGGUAAUUGCUAUUGCUGGGUAUAUUACUGAUGAGAAAAUGCACAUUGCCAGAGAUUAUUUAGAGAAGUCUACACUUGAAGCAUGUGGCAUCAAGCCUGGACAGGUUGAAUUGACAGAUGCUGCUCUUCUUGGGCUCAUAGAGAAUUACUGCCGAGAAGCAGGGGUUAGGAAUCUUCAAAAGCACAUAGAAAAGAUUUAUCGCAAGAUUGCACUGAAACUUGUGCGUCAAGGAGAAUUGAGCGAAUCUGAUGUUUCUGGAGAAACAAAAAAAGCAAAAGCAGAAUCUGUUCAAAGCUCUUCAGAAUCAGUAGAGGGUAGCAGUAAUAAACAAAAUAAUGAAACAUCUGUAGAAGCUGAGACUGUGACAAUUGAUCAGCCAUCUGAUCAAAUUCAGGGUCCUGUAGAUCAACCUGCUGAUUCAAAGGUAUCCUAUAAGUUAGCUACUGCUAGAGAUUGGAUAUCAGCACUAAGGUUGUGGCUAAGGUGGAACCUGGAAGCAACUGAAACUGAAAAAAUUGAAGAAAGUGAAGUAACUAGGGCAGUUGAGAAGGUGUUGGUUGACACAUCUAACCUAGCUGAUUUUGUUGGCAAACCUGUUUUCCAUGCUGAGCGCAUCUAUGAACAGACUCCAAUUGGAGUUGUGAUGGGUCUUGCAUGGACUGCAAUGGGUGGUUCUACAUUGUAUAUAGAGACCACUCAGGUUGAGCAAGGAGAGGGGAAAGGGGCUCUUCAACUUACUGGUCAACUUGGAGAUGUUAUGAAAGAAAGUGCCCAAAUUGCUCACACAGUUGCCAGAGCUAUAUUGGUUGGGAAAGAGCCAGAUAACCCCUUCUUUGCUAAUUCCAAGCUUCAUCUCCAUGUUCCAGCAGGGGCCACCCCCAAGGAUGGGCCUAGUGCUGGUUGCACCAUGAUCACAUCCUUGCUUUCCCUUGCCAUGAAGAAGACUGUCAGGAGAGAUCUAGCAAUGACUGGGGAAGUUACACUAAUGGGGAAAAUUCUUCCCAUUGGCGGGGUUAAGGAGAAAACAAUAGCAGCAAGGAGGAGUGAAGUGAAGACUAUCAUAUUCCCAUCAGCUAACAGAAGGGAUUUUGAUGAGCUUGCACCUAAUGUGAAAGAGGGCCUAGAUGUCCACUUUGUAGAUGACUAUAGCCAGGUAUUUGAUUUGGCCUUUGGAUAUGACCAGAAUGGGGAAAAAUAAACACACAUAGGUACUCCAUUCUCGUGAUUAUUUUUCAGGGUUCCUCCAUGAAGUGCAUUUGUUCAUUUUGGCCAUAUCCUGGAACCAAACCCAGUUUUGUACCGUGGUGAUUAUAUUUUUCAUGGGAACGGUCUCAGAACAAAAUACAUCUGAGAUUUUUCAUCUUAUGGACGGGAAAUGAUUUGCCAUUGUUUUAUUCUCAUGUUUUAGUUGAUGUAAAACAAAACCACCCAUUAAUAAUAAUUGUAAUUUAAAUUGCUGAAAGGGCUGGUUUGUAAUUUUUACGACUGAUAUUACUUGUUUUGUAAGCCAUAGUUUAACAUUAUAAAUGAAAGUUUGUUUGAAUAA